AUGAUUGCCGACGAGCCGGAAGACAAAAAGUUUAGUAGUAGAGUUACUGGAUUAUGGAAAUUGAAAAACUUGAAAAAUUUUAAAGAAAGAAAAAAAUUUUUGUUCAGCUUAUUUUUUGAAAUAGUACGAUCCUCACUUUUUCUUGGAUUUCAUGGUGUACUAUUUGUUCCAACGUGGUGUCUUGGAAGAUAUGCAUUUGGUAGCACAAAUUAUUACGGCAUCUAUUUACAACUUAUUCCCGUUACUUUGAUUCCAAUAUUAUUAGAACGUAAACAAAGACGUGGCUUGUUAGCAUUAUAUGUUAUGAAUUUGGUAUUGCUGUUUGCACUUAUAUCAGCUAUUUAUUUAUUCACUCUUAAAUCUUCACCGAAACAAGAACAGUCUGGUAUUAUAUUUUCCAUAUUGAAGUACCGUCUAUGGUUUCAAGGUGUCAAAAGUAAAAAAGUGCCGUUAUUACCAUGGUUCGAUUUAGUUCUUUAUACUCUUUCAACUUCACUCGUCUUUCAUGCAGCCGUUGUAAAACCGCAAGCAGUUCGUCCUGCUUAUAUUAAAUUUCUUCAGCGUUUAACAGGUGGUUAUCUUGCAGCUGUCAAUAGACCAUUGAUAGAUUGUUUUGGCACACAUGCAUCAAGGUCAUUUCCAAAUUAUUGUGCGCCAUGUGGUUACCAGCACACCAUUCUAAAAAAAAUCAACUAA